GCCGAACUCUGCGCUGCGGUCCAUGCCUGGGCGACCAGGGGCCGGCUCUCUUUGCUUCGGAACGCACCUCUUCUAACCCAUGGGCGCAGCCAUAUUGCCGCCACGGUGGCCGGAGAGGACCAAACUUCUCCAUUUGCGCAAUCGGGAGCCUGGUGAGAGACACUGGACUGCAGAGGAGGUGUAACGGCGAGGCGGAGCCUUGCAAAAGUUAGAAAAGGCUGGCCUAUCUUUUUUCCCAGGGAACUCUUGGAGCUUAGGAAGUUUUGAUUCGUAUUCUAGAGAAGGGCUCUAGGUCACCAUGGCAACUACCCAGAAGUUGAUGAGGGCCAUUCGAGUGUUUGAAUUUGGUGGACCAGAAGUGCUGAAACUCCAGUCAGACGUGGCGGUUCCUGUCCCACAAGGCCAUCAGGUUCUAAUCAAAGUCUACGCCUGUGGUGUCAACCCAGUAGAGACAUAUAUUCGCUCUGGUGCCUACAGUCGGAAACCCGUCUUACCCUACACCCCAGGCACGGAUGUGGCUGGGGUCAUAGAAUCUGUUGGAGACAGUGUAUCUGCUUUCAAGAAAGGCGACAGGGUCUUCUGCUCCAACACAGUCUCUGGUGGUUACGCAGAGUUUGCCCUUGCAGCAGAUGACACUGUGUACUCCCUGCCCGAGACACUGGACUUCAGACAGGGGGCUGCACUGGGCAUCCCGUACUUCACAGCCUGCCGAGCUCUCUUCCACAGUGCCCGUGUGCGAGCUGGGGAAAGCGUUCUGGUUCAUGGGGCAAGUGGAGGGGUUGGAUUAGCUUCAUGCCAGAUUGCCAGAGCUCAUGGUCUAAAGGUUUUGGGCACAGCUGGUUCUGAGGAAGGAACAAAGCUUGUUCUGCAAAAUGGAGCCCAUGAAGUGUUUAAUCACAAAGAAGUUAAUUAUAUUGAUAAAAUAGAGGAGUCUGCUGGUAUCAAGCAAGGGGGUGUUGAUGUGAUUAUCGAGAUGCUGGCAAACAAGAACCUUAGCCAUGACCUGAAGCUUCUGUCCCGUGGCGGACGCGUAAUCGUUGUUGGCUGUCGAGGUCCCAUUGAAAUAAACCCAAGGGACACCAUGGCAAAGGAGACCAGCAUAAUUGGAGUUUCUCUGUUUUCGUCCACCAAGGAGGAAUUUCAGCAGUUUGCAGGCAUCCUCCAAGCAGGGAUGGAAAAAGGUUGGCUGAAACCUGUGAUUGGAUAUGAGUAUCCCCUGGAGAAGGCAGCCCAGGCGCAUGAAGACAUCAUACACAGCAGUGGGAAGAUGGGCAAGAUGAUUCUUGUCUUAUGACGACUGACUCUUGCCAGGAUGCCCUGUGUCGCUGCCACACCUCCCCCAAGUCUGUCCUACCCUGUCUUUGAUCAGCAUUCUUUUGAUUGAUGUACUAAAAACACGACUCUAGGGAUUGGACACAGUGGGCUAGCAUCAGAGCAGAGAGUAGCGUGCAAGUCCCAUUUGGUUUGGGAGUGCAUCUCAAAACUGUUUUUUGUUUUUUUUCUUUCUCUUUGUUUUCUUUGUUUGGUUUGGUGUUCUGUUUUUAAGGUAGGAUCUUACUAUGUAGUUCAUGCUGUCAUUAUGGUGAUCUGUCUGCCUCAGCCUUCUAAGUGCUGGGAUAAGAGUCAUACACUACCACACACUGCUUCAUUUCAGAACUUAUUAACUGAUUGACUUCAGACCUUUGAAUAAAAUGUUCUGAUUCAAAUAGUCCUGCUGAUCCUCUGGGCCUCCAAGCCUGCUCAGCCUUAUGUAACCACCAGUUCCCUCAUCAACCAUGGCUGUCUUGGACCCUGAGGAAUUCCUGAGCUGAAAAGCAUUCUUUGAAAACUAAUAUCAGGUCAGUCUAUAGAGAAGGCAAAGACAAGCCCCACCCGGGAAAGCGCUCAGCCAGUUUUCUAACUUCUGAAAUUGUUAGAAUACUCAUGCAUGCUGGUCACCAGCUGCCGGUGUUCUUGAACUCAGCACGCUUAUCUGGGGUCUGUGCUAUUCAGUGUUCUCACCUAUUAAAUGUUUAAUCAUUCUGUAUGUGUGACACUGGUCUCAAAGUUUUACUUAAAAGUGUAAGUUCACAAAUUAAACACUUUAAGAACAUUCUA